AUGGAUUCGUAUCCCACGCGUCACGACGUUCGGGACGUGUACAACGCUCGAGAGUGGGUGGAGGCGAGUCUGGAAGAGAGCUGCGCGCGAGCGGAGGAACUCAUCGAUAAGAUGAUGCGUGGUGUGAGAGAGGGCGAAGAGUUGGCGGCGAAGUACGCCGAUGUGUUCCCGAAGACGCUCGGUGAAGAAGUCGAUCCGGAAGCGGUGUUGACGUGGACGAGCGAAUUCAUCAUGGAGCCGGGAGACGAGCAGGAGCACCCGCUCAACUGGAAGGUUUCGAUGGAAGUGAACCUGAGCGAGUUACAGCGCGUCACUGGUUUAAGCGAUGAGGCUAUCGAGUACAUCAAGCUGUUGGUGGACAAGAGGUACAACGCGAAGCAAGACGUAUUGCGGAUUGUGUGCCGAAGAAACGCCAAUCGCGAGCACAACAGACAGUGGUGCUUAAAGGUGCUGUACGAUUUAAUUCAAGAAGGCAAUAGAGAGUACCCUAGCGACUCUUAUCAGUUUACUGGGAAUUUAGGAGGCGACAACGCGGGCGAGGCGUAA